AAUUCGUUUAUAUAAUUAAAUGGAGUACUAAUAUAAAUAUAAAGAAAGUAUAGUAAGAAUGAUGAGUAAAUAAUUGUGAAUAUUCCUGAAAAUCGGCAAUUCCACGCUUUCCCUCUGCGCCAUUUUCCGGCAUAUUCACACCGCCGCCAUGAAGGAUGAGGAAGAAGACACCAUUAAAUCAGCCGUCACCGACAUCCAGCAGCAGCUCCACUCCCUCUUGGACUCCAUUUCCGGCGUCCAAAUCCUCAAGGGCAAAUGGUCGCUCAUAACCACCAAGCUCACAUCUUUACACCACCGCCUCUCCGACCUCAACAACAACAACCCGCUCUCCUCAGACCUCCUCCGCUCCAUCUCCGCCACGUGCUCUUCCGCCGCCUCCCUCUCCUCACUCUGCCACUCCCCCACUCCCGCCGCCGGCAAGCUCAAAACCCAAAACGACGUCGAUUCCUUGUCCGCCAAGCUCGAUGCCCACACCAACGAUCUCCAAGUAAUCAUCAACAGCGGCUUGCUCGCUCUUUCGUCCUCCGCCAGGAGAGAAUCCGUCCGGGCCGAAAUCGGGUACUUGAUGACCCGGCUGCAGAUCGGUUCCGCCCAAUCGAAAAGCUCCGCCCUAGAAUCGCUGAUUGGUUUGUUACAGGAAGACGCUAAGAAUUUGUUGAUUGCGGUGGCGCAGGGGAUAAUUCCGGUGCUCGUGCGCCUUCUCGAUUGCAGCACUUCCUCCGAAUUGAAGGAGAAAUCAGUGAGCGCGAUCGCCAGAAUCUCGACGGAGGAUUCGAGCAAGCACGAUUUACUGGCUGAGGGUUUGGUAUUGCUGAACAAUUUGAUGCGAGUGCUCGAAUCCGGGAGCGUAUACGCCAAGGAGAAGUCGUGCAUCGCGCUUAGGGUUUUGAGCAAUUCAAAGGAAAACGCCAGGGCGAUUGGAUCGAGAGGGGGAAUUUCUUCGCUGUUGGAAAUCUGUCGAGAAGGAACCCCCAAUUCGCAGGCACUGGCGGCUAGAGUUCUGCGGAAUCUAGCCGUUUUCGAGGAUGUGAGGGAGAAUUUCAUCGAGGAAAACAGUGUAUUGAUGUUGCUGGCAUUGUGCAAUUCAGGUACAGCAUUGGCACAGGAGAAUGCGGUUGGGUGCUUGUGCAAUUUGGUGGCUGGAGACGAUGAUUUGAAGCUGCUCGUUGCACGGGAAGGUGGAAUUCAAACGCUGAAAGAUAUCUGGAACUCUGCCCCUUCUGCUCAAAGUCUGGAGGUAGUUGUGGAGAUGGUGAGAGCAAUGGCUUCGUGUCCAAACAUCGCUGAGUUUCUCGUUGCAGAUGGCUUUCUCAGCCACUUAGUUGGUGUAUUGAGCUGUGGCAUUUUAGGGGUUAGAAUCGCAGCUGCGAAAGCUCUCUCUCAUUUGGCUUACAAUACCAAAACAAGGAAGGAAUUGGGGGAAAUGGGGUGCAUUCCUCACCUCGUGAGCAUGUUGGAUGGUAAGGCAGUCGAGGAGAGGGAGGCCGCUGCUGAAUUGUUGUCGAAUCUCAUGAGUUAUGUUGGAAAUAGGAGAAUUUUCAGCAAGGAAGAGAGGGGUAUUAUCUCUGCAGUUCAGCUAUUGAAUCCUUCACUAAACACCUUGGAUAAGAAGCAUGUCAUGUCGAUAUUAGGAUCGCUGCUGUAUAGCAAGAAAUGCCAGAAGCAGAUAGUGGCGGCAGGCGCCUCUGCUCACUUGCAGAAGCUCGUGGAGGCGGAUAUCGAGGGUGCUAAGAAGCUCCUCGACAGCCUUGGACGUGGGAAGCUGUGGCGAGUCUUCACCCGCUCUUGAGGUGAAAAUGUGUGUCUCAAUCUCUUUGUAAAAUAGUACUAAUUUAUUUGUUUGAUUUGGUCUGUAUUUUUUGGUUCUGUUUUGUUAGUUUUCUUACACAUUGUUCAUUAACUGUUGUUGAAGUUUGUUGUAGGAAAGUAAAAAAUUGUGGUUAGCUGAUGAAAGUUUGUGGUGCUUGUAUAACUAACAUGAUUAGUUGUUUGUAUUCAUCACAAUAAACUCAAUUGAGCUUAUUAGUUCUGCAAUCCCUUUGCCA